GCGGCGACCAAUCAGCGGGGAGCGUAACAUUGGGGUGGUAGUAGUAGGGGGGAGUAGAGACAAGCUGUGAACGUGCGAUGGCCGCUGCGAAUUCCAGGCUGCUGGUUCACCUCGGACACCUGAAGGGACGUCCACAGUCCACGCUGUCCCUCAGCCCCAAUCAUGUUGGAGCUACUCAUGCAAUGCACCAACCCAACAUCCCACUCAAAUUCAGAUACUCCUUGGACAAUGGGAUUCUGACACCGAAACAGAGAGAAUUCUACGAAGAGAAUGGCUUUAUCGUCAUCAAAGGGCUGGUUCCGAAGACGGAUCUGGAUAAAUACAGGAACCAGUUUGAAAAGAUUUGCCGUCUGGAGGUGACCGUACCGGGCAUGGUGGUCAUGCGAGACAUUGCCAUAGCCAAAUCCGAGUUUGUCCCGGACCAAAAAGCCAUCACCAAGGUCCAAGAUUUCCAGAACGAUCCUGUUCUGUUCGAGUACUGCGAGCAUCCAAAGGUCGUCCAGUAUGUGGAAGCUUUCACAGGAGCCAACAUUAUGGCCAUGCACACGAUGCUCAUCAACAAACCUCCUGACCCUGGCUCCAAGACGUCACGCCACCCGAUGCACCAAGACCUGCACUACUUCCCUUUCCGUCCGGCCGACCGCAUUGUGUGCUCGUGGACCGCCAUGCAGACCAUCAACCGGCAGAACGGCUGCCUGGUGGUGCUGCCCGGCACUCACAAGGGGGAGCUCAAGCAGCACGACUACCCCGAGUGGGAGGGCGGCGUGAACAAGAUGUAUCACGGCGUGCGGGACUAUGACCCGACGAUGCCGCGCGUUCACCUGGACAUGGAGGAGGGUGACACCGUGUUCUUCCAUCCCCUGCUCAUCCACGGAUCCGGCACGAACAACACUGAUGGUUUCCGCAAGUCCAUCUCCUGCCACUACGCGAGCAGUGAGUGCAACUACAUCGAGGUGAAGGGCACGAGCCAGGAAAACAUUGAGAAUGAGGUGAAGGACAUUGUUCGGAAACGUCACGGCAUCACUGAGCUCGACUUCUCGGACGUGUGGCACAUCAAGGGACGACUCGUGAAGGGAGAGAGGCUGCAGCUGUGAGGGGGCUUUGCCACGUGCCUUCACACCACUGAUGGUUCUCUUAGAAUCCCUGCCACCCAAUCAUUUGUGUCCCCUUUAAUACGCCUUAAAUGGAUCUUCUAUUUCAGACCCAAUAGUCAUAAAGCAGCAGUUAUUAAAGCCAUUGGCUGCUCCAUCUUGGUCAAUAUUUUGAGGUCAAUCACUGAUGACAUGCACACUGGAUAUUCCAUCUUCAAGCAGAACAGAAGUACUUGGAAGCAAUGCAAACUUCACAUGAGGAGUGGUAAAAAUAAUAUGCAAAUGCUGGUGAACUAGGUCUCCUCAUAUGACGUCACGUGGCGUCCUCAAAACAUCUGUACAUGUAACAACUAAUCUGGACCUCUUUUUUCCAGGUCCCACUUCUACCUUGCUUUUCUUGCUAUAAUCUCACUAAUCUUUAUCUCUUGUCUGCAGCUAUAUUAUCUCUCGUGCAUCUCUCAGAUCCGUGUUUCUCCGUCUUGGCGAGCCAUAUCUCUCAGCAGGCCAUAUGGGUCGACAGGUGAAGAACUCUUUCGUAGAGCCACUACAUAAGCUGAUAUUCUGGUCUGCAAUGCCUUUGUGUUCUGAAAUGUUUUCACAUGUUUUAAGUAAUUCGUUAAUGCUUCCAUGAGUUUCUGAUUCUGUUGGCUGUUGUGACUAGUGCAUUUCACAUUAGAUGUUUUAGCAAGCAAAAAAUAAAAAAAAUAACCAUUCUAACUUAGGAAGAGCAUUAUGAUUUUAUUUGACAUUUGAGGUGCGUAAUUUCUGAGGUAAAACCAUAAAUGAGUUUCAUCUCGAGUGUUUAUCUUGUUGAACGAUGAUGGGGACUGUUUCAGCACUUUUGAGCAAGGUUUCCUCUGGACAAUAAGGGGUUAAAACUUGGCACUUUCUUGGUUUGAUUUUGCAAUGAUUACAGUUUUCUGCAUAUAAAGCAAAUGCUGUUAAUUGUAAAAGUAAAUGUAGAUUUGAGUCCUAAAAGAUGCAAUACCUCGCUAUAAAUGAGUUUGAAAUUAUUUUUAAUAAAGUGUUUAAAUUCAUAA